CGCUGAACGGCUACGAUGUUAUCCGCGUGGAACCAUGAAUAUAUGUAGUUCUUCAAACACCGCGACAUCAGCUGCAAACAGUAGCGUGUUCCAGUCGAGGGGCUUAUGUGCCCAAUUUUGCGAUACUUGGGCUUUCGCCAUUUUGCAACAAUCCCAAUGCUGGUGUUCCAGUGAGUCUCCCGUCUCGGGACUAACGGAGGCAUCGUCAUGCGACUCCCCAUGUCCCGGGUACCCGUAUGAGACUUGUGGGGGCAAAGGCCUUUUCAGCUACGUAGCGCUUCACAGAGUCGCCUCGCCCGAUGAUAGCAUCACCUCAACGGCCAGUAUUCCGAGGCAAACUUCGGUGGAGACGUUGUAUGAGACCCGAAUUACUGAAGACACACUCAUCAAGACAGUAACACAGACGGUCACCGUCACUAAAGGCGACAUUGAAGUUCCGUCAGACGCCCCGAAUAUCACGACAACUGCCCUUUCAUCGACAGGAUCAGCAGCGCCAGCUUCUAGUGAGAAGCUCAACCGAACACAAAUUGCCGGCAUAAUUGGGGGAGCCCUCGCCACAACGUUGAUAGUGUUAGUCAUUGGUGUAUGGAGCCUUCAUCGGCGGCGGACACCUUUGAAGCAAGAUGACUUGAACACAGGCUCCGUCAGCGAGCUCACACAUUUUCCUGGCAGACUUGGGGUACUGCGUAUUACCAAUCCGGACUAAGGCCUGACUGGGCAUGAACUACUUCAACGGUAGCACUUAGACGAUGGACUGCCAUGACUGUCUCAUCCGAACUUGGAAUUUUUAUACUUGGUCACGAAAUCAACGAACCCUGUUGACUCUACGACAGGCACCUAUCAGACAUGUCUCACGGCUAGCUUGUUAUUGUACAUUUUGGAGUGUAUCAGCUCGGUCUGCAUUUACUUUGUUUGAUCACUCAACCAGGAGGUUACAUUGCAUCACGCUUUUAGUGAUUAUUAUCAUAUCCACAGGC